GAGUAAAAACAGUUAAUGGAUUGGGUGGAAGGAACGGAAAAUGACUGGGGGAUGAGGAAGUAGAAGUUGGAUGUCAACGUAAGAACAUUAUUAUCCAGGGUUAUAAGAAACGGAGAUUAUUAGGGGAACAUAAGAAACUGUUUCUUUAUUAACAUUUUAGUUAAAAAUUAAGAAAUAAUAAUUUAUGUUCCUUUAGGCAUGAUUAACCCCGGUCUCUUAGCCGGAAUUCUUAAUUCAUGAUUUGACAUUUUUCUUUUACAUUUUUUGGGUAAGAGACGACUUUCAUAUCUCUUAUUUAAAAGACGGUUCUUAGUUUUUUUUAGUUAAAAUCUAAAAAAAUGUAAAAACUGCCUCUUAACCGAAGCUAAGACCAUGAUUAACGCUGAAAUCUAAAUGGGUUUUUUAUUUUUUUUUUAAUUUUUUUUUGUCUGAAUAAAAAAAUAAAUAAAAAUAAAAACCAACCAAUUGCGGGCCGCCACGUGUCAGUGAAAACUGCAAACAGUGAAAAAACCAGCCAACAGUGAUUCUUAUUCUAACUUUUCUGCAACCUGUUUUUUUCCUUUUUGUGGGCCACCCCCUCUUAAAAACUCACUAAAAACCCCUUCCCCUCCCUCGAUAAUCCUGUCCUAAGAACCCAAGUUAAAAGAUUGGGAUUAAUCAUGGUCUUAAGAACCGUGCUCCUGGAUAAUGAUAUUCUCUUAAGAACCGCGCUCCUGAAUAAUGAUGCUCUAAGAGCAUAUUUAUUGGAAAUUUUUAGGUUGAAGCUUUUAACGGAAUAUAAGAAACCGAUUCUUAAUUUUUUUAGUUAAAAAUUAAUUGAAGGUUUUUUAUAUUCCAUUAAGAAUCGCAACCAACCCUCAAUAAACAUGCUCUAGCAAAAAUACAAUACCAAUAUAAUAUAAUAUAUUAUUUAAUUUUUGGCUUUGGUGUUGGUAAAAAAGACCCAAAAAUGAUUUCAGUUUCUAUUAUUGAAUAUAUCGCUACCUUUAAUAGUUUCACUAUUCCGAAACUGCAAGGGUUUCGUAGUGAUGGUUUAUAGUCUCAUAAGAACCGAACCACUUUCAAAAUGAUUAAAAUCUGCAUCGCUAUUAUUUUUUUAAACACGCUUUUGAUUUCCAUUUACAUCAAAAAUGUUAAAAUAUCUUUAAAUAAAAUUAAAGUUUUUCAUGAUUUUCCAUUUGAUGAAAUAAAACUUAUAUCUAUAUUACUACUAUAUAUAUAACGAAUUCUAAAUUUGAUUAGUUCUGAAAGUAAUAAGUUCAAAAGAUCUAAACCAUCAGAUUAACGGGAAUCUUCGUUUAAGAUGAACGUUUUCCACUCGUUUUACCGUACCACCUCUAUACUCUCUCCACCAUUCUUCAAACGAUCAUUUUCUUUUGAUUUUUCUUUUCUCUUCAUUUCUUCGUUUGAUGAACCUUUGUUCCUUGAGAAAAUCGACGAUUUUAGGUGAAUCUACUUUUUUUUUAUCAAACCAUUUAUUGUUUUGUUUUCAGUAUUCCGUUCUUUUGUUACAGGAGAAUCCGCUAAAAUAAACCUAUAACUUUUUGAGAUGCAUUCUUAUUUGUCUCCAAGAUCUUUUUUGGAGUCUUGAGAAAUAUAUGAAACAUACUUUCUUCAAAAAUUUUAUCUACCAUAGUAUUCAAGUUUGAUAGCCGCCAACUUGUUAUUUCUGAAAAUACGAGUUUUCCAAAAACCAGCAUUUUGCGAUGGUAAAAUCCUUUCUUUUUUUGAAAAAAGGGAAAUAGUAAAAUCCUUGUUCUUGCAUGCAACAAAUUUUCUUUGAUCUCUUUUUUAAUUUUUACAUUCUCUCUUUCCAUUACUAGCAAAAAAUUUCUCCUAUUUUUUUAUUUUUAUUUAAACAAAAGAAAAGACCUGAAUUAGAGUUCUAUGCAACUUGCAAUGUCAAGCUCCAUGAAAAGCCUCCUGAAAGGCCUCCGAUACAUUUCUCAAGUAUUUGAAAGUGGAAAAGAAGAAGAAGAGAUAGAGAUAGGCAAUCCAACAGACGUAAAGCAUGUAGCCCAUAUUGGUUGGGAUGGACCAUCCGCUACUCCUGCCUCCGCACCAAGCUGGUUGAACGAGUUCAAAACUGGAGGCGGGUUGGAAUCUGGACAAGGAGGCGGAGAAGAUGACUCCUCCGUGAAAUGUAUGUCGGAAUGUGGCGGCCGGACCAGAGAUUUACCAAAACUACCAAAAUCUACGAGGAAAGCGGCGUCAGAGAAAGGUUCUCCAACAAAGGAAAUAUCAUCGGAUAAAACUAAACGCCGGUCUUCUAAAAAAGGAACAACAUCAUCAUCAAGAAGACCAAAGGAAGUGUCCGAACUAAAUGAUCUUUCUUCGACACAUGAAGUUCCAAAGAAGUCGAGGAGGAAAAAGAAGACGAAAGAAACUGGAGGAUCAACUAGAUCGAUUAGAAGAUCUGACGUGGAUAACAUGUCAGAUUAUAUGUCCGAGACUGGUUCUGUGAGAUCUAUGCCUCAAUUCGACAGCAGAGAUGAUUUUUGAAAAGGAGUGCCAGAAGAUUGAGAGUUUUUCAUGCUUGUAUAUUGCUUAAUGAUUUUUUCACUGAACAUACCAAUAUCAGUUUUUUAGUCUUCGUUUUUGUACUAUUAUUAUCGUUAUUUACUUAAGAAUAUCUUUUGUACAUCAUCCAAAACUACCAUCUAUCAAUCUUUGGAUAA